CUCGUUUACUACUUCCAGGAGGUAGUAGAAGUUCUAAAGUGGAUAUUACAAGAGCUGUUGAAAUCACUGGAGGUGGACGAAAUGCAGUAACUACUAGUACUACGUCUACCCAAGAUUAAGGCUGUAGUACCUAAAUACAUCUUUGGACGCAUGCGCAUCCUUGAAACGUAUGGAGGAAUAUCCUGUAUGGGAAUGCUCCCCCAGCCUACUUAUAUUUAUUUCAAGGAUGCAGCACUUGAAGAAAGAUGAAUUACGGACAGCUCUAACAAGAACAUCAGGCAGCUGCUGGCGCUGCAGAGCAGCCUUUUUAUGCAGAGCCCUAUAAUCUAGAAGAAAAAUAUGAGGACGUUCCAGAGGAGGUGGAGGAUCAGGAUGCAGCCAGCGUUGAGGAUGAAAGCAAAGUAGCU